AUAAUAAAAUGAAUGUCAGCGUGUUUUACAGUGUCAGUCAGUCAUCCCUCCAGUGUCGUGUCUCUUCCUUUCCACUGUGCUACCCUAGAAUACAGGAUCCCAGCACAAUGCCUCUGUUGAAACUUCCAGCUGAAGGAAAACCUAUUGAUGAUGCAACGCGUAGCUUUGCUGAAAAAGUGUUUGCCUCUGAAGUCAAAGAUGAGGGAGGCCGUCACGAGAUUUCCCCCUUUGAUGUGGAUGAUAUCUGUCCAAUUUCUCAACAUGAGAUGUUUGCUCACAUGUUCCACCUGGAGGCUCAGUCCACCCCUACAGAAACCAGGAGAAAAAGGCGUUUCUUCGGACGGAAGACUAUUAGUUUGUCCGUUCCACAAACUGAAACAUCGUCCACCAAACUGUCCCUCAUCGAUGAGUACAUUUCUUCGUCUCCCACCUACCAGACUGUGCCUGAUUUUCAAAGAGUGCAGAUCACUGGCGAUUAUGCCUCUGGGGUUACAGUUGAAGAUUUUGAAAUGGUUUGCAAAGGUCUUUAUCGGGCAUUGUGUAUACGGGAGAAGUAUAUGCAGAAGUCAUUUCAGAGGUUUCCAAAAACCCCUUCCAAGUACCUGAGGAACAUUGAUGGUGAGGCUUGGGUAGAAAAAGAGAACUUCUAUCCAGUCUUUACCCCUCCUAUGAAGAAGGGAGAAGACCCUUUCCGAACAGAUAACCUCCCAGAAAACCUGGGUUAUCAGCUCAAAAUGAAGGACGGUGUGGUUUAUGUCUAUCCUAACAAAGAAGCAGCCAGCAAAGAUGAGCCCAAGCCACUUCCUUACCCAAAUCUGGACACCUUCUUAGAUGAUAUGAAUUUUUUACUUGCUUUAAUUGCCCAAGGACCUGUUAAGACCUAUACCCAUCGGCGCUUGAAGUUUCUCUCCUCCAAGUUCCAGGUCCAUCAGAUGCUCAACGAGAUGGAUGAGUUGAAGGAGCUGAAGAACAACCCCCACAGGGAUUUUUACAACUGCAGAAAGGUGGACACUCAUAUCCAUGCAGCUGCUUGUAUGAACCAGAAACAUCUACUGCGCUUUAUUAAGAAAUCUUACCAAAUUGAUGCUGACAGAGUGGUCUAUAGCACCAAGGAGAAAAAUCUGACCCUAAAGGAACUUUUUGCUAAAUUAAAAAUGCAUCCCUACGACCUGACUGUUGAUUCUCUGGAUGUUCAUGCUGGACGUCAGACUUUCCAGCGUUUUGAUAAAUUCAAUGACAAAUACAAUCCCGUAGGAGCAAGUGAGCUUCGGGACCUCUACCUGAAGACAGACAAUUACAUUAAUGGGGAAUAUUUUGCCACUAUCAUCAAGGAGGUAGGUGCAGACUUGGUGGAGGCCAAGUACCAGCAUGCCGAGCCCCGCUUGUCCAUCUACGGCCGCAGUCCUGAGGAGUGGAGCAAACUCUCCACCUGGUUCGUCCAAAACCGCGUCUAUUGCCCCAACAUGACAUGGAUGAUCCAGGUCCCCAGGAUCUAUGAUGUGUUCCGAUCUAAGAACUUCCUUCCACACUUUGGAAAGAUGUUGGAGAAUGUUUUCAUGCCAGUGUUCAAAGCCACCAUCGACCCUCAGGCUCACCCAGACCUCAGUGUUUUCCUCAAGCACAUUACAGGCUUCGACAGUGUAGAUGAUGAGUCCAAACACAGCGGCCACAUGUUCUCCUCCAAGAGCCCUAAGCCCCAGGAGUGGACCAUGGAAAAGAACCCAUCUUACACUUACUAUACCUACUACAUGUAUGCAAACAUCAUGGUGCUCAACAGCCUGAGAAAGGAACGAGGCAUGAACACAUUUCUGUUCCGACCUCAUUGUGGGGAAGCUGGAGCUCUCACUCAUCUCAUGACAGCGUUCAUGACAGCAGAUAACAUCUCUCAUGGCCUGAAUUUAAAAAAGAGUCCUGUGUUACAGUACUUGUUUUUCUUAGCCCAGAUUCCCAUCGCUAUGUCGCCAUUAAGUAACAACAGCUUAUUUCUAGAAUACGCCCGAAAUCCUUUUUUAGAUUUCCUCCAGAAAGGGCUAAUGAUCUCACUGUCUACAGAUGACCCAAUGCAAUUCCACUUCACCAAGGAGCCCCUAAUGGAAGAAUAUGCCAUUGCUGCACAAGUCUUCAAGCUGAGUACCUGUGAUAUGUGUGAAGUGGCAAGAAACAGUGUUCUGCAAUGUGGAAUUUCUCAUCAGGAGAAAGCAAGGUUUCUGGGCAACAAUUACCUUGAAGAAGGCCCUGCUGGAAAUGAUAUCCGAAAGACAAAUGUGGCCCAAAUCCGCAUGGCCUAUCGCUAUGAAACCUGGUGUUAUGAACUUAAUUUAAUUGCUGAAGGGAUUAAAUCAGGAGAAUAAAACAAACAAAAUAAUGACAUGGGUGAGAUUUUCAUUGUAAGGUAUAAAUAGCAAUGGUUACUAGUUAUCAAAUCCCUACUAUAAGCCAAAGAUUGUAUUAGAUAUUGGUCCAUUGACAUUAUUUCAUUUAAUGCUUUGCACAACUUUAUAUAUUGUCCCCAUUUUGGGGGAGAUAAGUAAACUGAAAUUAGUGACCUAUAUAAAGAUAUACCUAGGAAGAGGUAGCAAUGGAAACCUGGGUUUGUCUGACUCUAGAGUCAUGACUUUCAGGCAAAAUAGUUAUUAAGGCAAGGCAAAAAUACAAGCAAAUGAUUAGUUAUAGGGAGAAUGCAGGCUUUUGGUUUACAGAAUGGGACUUGCUAAAGGCAUUUAGACCACUGAAAAGUCCUUUUGACAGGAUACAGCUGAAGAGUGACUUUCUUAGACAAAAACGGAAGUGGUGUAACCCAGUAUAGAAAAUCUGUAAUUAUGAGUUGUUAGGGAGAAUUUAUCUUACAAAAUGAUUCUUAGUUUUAAGAAUGUAAUUCACAAUUAAGUUAUACUCAGCCAUAGUGGUACAUUUUAAAUGAUUUUAUUUGCCAAAAGAAAAGUUGCACAUGUAACUUUUUAGAAUCAUUCCUGUUACUCAAGGUCAAGUGGAAUUCCAAUUAACCAGACUAUACUUCUAUACACACACAGUUGUAUUGCCAUCUAGUGGUUGGGCUAAUAAUUUCAUUCACCUUAUUCAAUAAACAAUUACUGACCAAACAUCUAAAAUUUCAGUCCAGUACAUACCUAGACAGCAAAGGUAUAAGGAAUAAGAUCUCAUUCUUUUAUAGACUACAACUAGUAUCAAAUUGUUCGCAGCAUGAAGUUACAGCAUGAGUAGGUACAAAUGUGAAAAGGAGCAUUUUGUGAAAUAUCUUAAAAAAUAAAGACAUUUCAAAGGGAAAAAAAAAAUUAAAAGCAAAUUCCUAUAUGCUUCCACAUUCUGUACAGGUGGUCCUAAGCAUAGGUGUGAUUCCAACAUGUUUGUACUAGCCCUGGUGUAUGAAAUCUCUCCCUGGUUUCUGAAGUUGAAGUUCUCUUUGCUAAGUAUUUUUAAGUCACUUAGACAACCUGAUUUUUCUUUUACCUUGAUCUCUUUGUUACCAAAAUAAUACAAACUGCCAAAUUAAACGUUCUAUUCUCAGAUUUUAAAAGGCAUGAACUACCAUUAUGUAUAUCUCCAUCUUACCCAUGAGAGGGCAGUAGAAUACAUACACGUCAUUUAUUACAUCCAUAGAGAGGAUGAAGAUGAAGAUUUGGUUUCAUAUUUAGUACUUGGAAUUUGAUCUGCUCAUUUUGGCUUAUAAUCUUCCUGAAUGCAAAGUCUGGAAUAAAUCUGAAUUUUGAAAUAAAUUUCAAAACCACACUAUUUUAGCCCAACAUUUAUCUUUUGGGGAGUUUUCUAAAUACACAAGGAUUUUUUUGGUGGUGAGGGGGAGGGGUCCGAUCGUUGUUCAAAAUUUACUACAAACAAUAUUUACAUUUAUUUCCUCACUGAGAAGUGAUUAAAAAUAUGUCUUGACAUUCCUUCCCUCCCCGCCCCCACCAUUAUAGAAGAUAAUUCCUGUUUUAUUCCCCAUAGCUCAUGGUUUCACAACGGUUUGGGAUAUGCAGCUUUUACUCCUUUGGCUAAGUUGGCCUGUGAGAGUCAUCUGUGAUGUGUGACCAAACACCGCUCUUUCUGGUCUUCUAUUUUGGUACCUUCAUGUGAACAGAUGUGGGAAGCGUUUGGUCACCAGAUCCAAGAGGCUCCGGUGGCGUGGCGCGGGGUAGGGUGGAAUCGGGCGGGCCCAGGUUGGGUUGGGUAGUUAGCAAGUGCCUGGGAAACAGGCUCAACUCAUCCUUGACUAGCAGCCUUAGUGAAACUGGGCUGCUGCUCGCAGUAGGCACCGCGCCAUGCACAUACCUGAGGACGAGCGUGUUGCAGGCGCAGCGCUUAAUCAUGUCACAACAGGGCGUGGGAGCCGACCUCAGGCACUGGGAGUAUCAAAGGCAAUUCUGCUCUGGGAUUUCAAGCCUCAAGUGUCGGGAGCGUUAUAUUCAGCUGUGCAUUUCAAGUCGGGGCUGUAUUGCAACUGCCGGAGACAUUUUUGCCCCCCUGAGCUCAGCCUGAGAAAUGAUGCUGCUCUUUCACUGGAGACACCAGGCCUUCUACAUUCGUUGGCAGGAGACAGUACGGUUUCCUUGAGUGAGGUGCCAUUUGAAUUUCUUGAUUAGGCUUUGUCUCACGGGUAGCUGUGAAGAGUCAACAUUAUGUAAAGUUCUUGUCCAUCGCCGUGGAGCCUGUUGGACGGCAGGCACGGUGACUAAGGAACUUUGUCUAGAGGCCUCGGCCGGACGACAGCCGUGGCUGCCGCUUGCCUGCCGGAGCGCAGCUUCUUGGAAACCAGGCUCCUGGGCAAGGUUCUGGCCCCGACACUGGACUCGAGCGGGGGCGGCUCCCCGCAGGAAGGUCCUCGGGCGGUGCCGGGGGCGGGUCCAAGGGUGGGUCCAAAGGUGAGGGGUGGGAACAUGAGCCAAUAAGAACAGGGCUUGGCCGGGCCGGGGCGGGGCCUGCGGCCGGGUCUACGGGGGCGGGACAGAGCCCACCCCAAGUGGAACUCAGCAGACCUGGCGCCUCGGCUGAGAGGACUAAGCCCGGCUGCCCAGAGGCGGAGGCGGCCUCGAGGCCCAGCGCAGGAUUAUUCAAGAUAGAGCUGUAGCCAUUUUCACCAAGGAUCGAUGAUAAGAAUUUUUCUUUUUAAAAAAAGAUUUUCAAGUUAAAGAUGAAAGGAAAAUACUGGAAUUUUUCGGAUUCUAACUCGUGAGAUAAUGAAUAUAGUUUUUCACAGUGACUUCUGAUGGGACCUUAGUAAAAUUCAUUGUUUGUCAUGCACCCAACUGGGAACAUGGAUGUUGGCUUUUCUCGUUCUGCUGUUCAUACACUGUCAAGAAGCCACUGCAGAAACAUCAAGCAAAAAAUUUCCCA